CAAGUCGCUUCAAGACUCGCGCAAGACUCUAAAUGCUGCAUAAAGAUCACCUGAUGUCGUGUUUUCCCGACUUGGUUUGUUCAGUCGUUCCUUUAAUUUUCCCCGCAAUGGAAACAGCUCAUCCAGCAUCACCGGGAGCUGCUCUUUGAUCUGGAGCUGGCGUGUGCGCAUGCGCAGCUCAUUGCCUUGGCAGCACUGGCUUCAGUAAGUUGGAUGUGCGCUGUGUCUUCAUCACAUCCGAAAGCCCAUCAAAACUGUUGCGAUGGAGAGUAUCGGAAAAACCCAUCAUAUCUUCUUACUGUGUCCGUUAAUCGUGGCCGUGGCGUGCGCUCAAAGGUACGGUAUCAGAGACCCCAGCAAUAUGCCAGUGGUCAAAGACACCGUGGACAGACUCAUGAAGGGAUACGACAUUCGGCUGAGGCCAGAUUUCGGAGGAGCUCCGGUGGCGGUGGGGAUGAAUAUAGACAUAGCCAGCAUAGACAUGGUAUCCGAAGUAAACAUGGACUACACCCUGACCAUGUAUUUCCAGCAAGCCUGGCGAGACAAGCGCUUGUCGUACUCUGAGAUUCCUCUCAACCUGACUCUGGAUAACCGCGUGGCCGACCAGCUGUGGGUGCCCGACACCUACUUCCUGAACGAUAAGAAAUCAUUCGUUCACGGAGUCACAGUCAAGAACCGAAUGAUACGGCUGCACCCCGACGGCACGGUUCUGUACGGAUUAAGGAUCACCACCACGGCUGCCUGCAUGAUGGACCUGAGGCGAUACCCGCUGGAUGAGCAGAACUGCACGCUGGAGAUCGAGAGCUAUGGCUACACCACAGACGAUAUCGAGUUUUACUGGCGAGGGGGAGAUGGAGCCGUUUCUGGGGUGGAGAGGAUUGAACUUCCUCAGUUCUCCAUCGUGGACUAUAAACUCAUCUCCAAGAACGUGGUCUUCUCUACAGGUUCGUAUCCACGUCUGUCUCUCAGUUUCAAGCUGAAGAGGAACAUCGGCUACUUCAUCCUGCAGACCUACAUGCCCUCCAUCCUGAUCACCAUCUUGUCCUGGGUGUCCUUUUGGAUCAACUAUGAUGCUUCUGCUGCCCGUGUGGCUUUAGGUAUCACCACCGUGCUGACCAUGACCACCAUUAACACGCACUUGCGAGAGACCCUUCCCAAGAUCCCCUACGUGAAAGCCAUAGACAUGUACCUGAUGGGCUGCUUUGUCUUUGUGUUCCUGGCCCUGCUGGAAUACGCCUUCGUCAAUUACAUCUUCUUCGGCAGAGGACCGCAGCGGCAGAAGAAGGCGGCGGAAAAAGCCGCCACCGCCAACAACGAGAAGCUCAGGCCAGACCCCAACAAGUGGUUGGUGGGAAGUGUAGUUCAGAGAGAUGAUGCUCUCUAUGCCAGAAUGAAACAGAGGGAAAUUGACGGGUAUGACUCGAUGUGGGAUCCGAUCUUUGCGGAGGAUGCAGCAUUAGGACUAGGCGAUCAAAGGCUUAAGAUGACACCAGACGACAUCCGGCUGACCACGGUGGAGAUGAAGAACGAAAUGGGACCGUCUGAUCUGUCCAGGGGGCUGGGUGACCCGCGCAGCACCAUGCUAGCUUACGACAGCUCAACCCUCCAGUACCGCCGGGCGGCCAUGGCCCGCCAGAACUAUGGGCACAGCGCCCUGGAGCGCCACGCCACCCAGAAGAAAAGCCGGCUCAGGAGACGGGCUUCUCAGCUCAAGGUGAACAUACCUGACCUGUCUGACGUCAACUCCAUCGACAAGUGGUCGAGAAUGAUCUUCCCCACCGUGUUUUCCUUCUUCAACAUAGUUUACUGGCUUUACUACGUCCAUUAAACCGGUCGGAGGAGAGGAACGGACCAAACGAAAACAACAACACCACCACCGACAAAGAGAGUUAAAAAAGAGAAUUAAACAGUACACUGUUUUUGCUGAUUUAUUUCAAAUGUGGAGGAAAGACGGGAUGAUUAAAAAAAAAAAUUCAGGACUCUUUUGCGUUUUGUUCUGAGAACAUAAACCGCGAGGAACAUCAGAGGAACUGGAUAAGGACAUGAAGUACAGCCGCUUGUUCCAGCCAUUUAGUAUAUCACUUAUAUUUGUCAUAUGUAGAUUACUCUGUGGAUCAAAUAUUUAUGCUUGUAUUUGCAUAUAUUUUAAGCAUUCGCUUUUUUGGUUAGUAUAUGUUCACUUCGUAGCCAACUGCAUCCCAGAAAGCUUUACAAAUGAUUUUAAAAGGAGUCGGUCUUGAAAGUCUAUUUUCCUAUAGUUACGCUGUAUAUCAGCUAUAUCUUUUAAAAGCAUGCUUGGGUUUGUUUGUUUGUUUCGUUUAUCUCUUACGGAGAGCUGCAGCACAAUGCAUUUUCAUUUGAGAAUUUACCAGUACUUCUGUUCUUUAAAAUGCGUUUGCAGGACACAAUGCAAAGACACUGUCAGCAAGCCAUACAGGGUAUUUUCCAAAACACGUCCUUUUAAUAGUGUUGUUUUUUCGUUUCUUUUUCGACGUCGGGCCAAUAAGGAAACUCUUCCUAUUUAGGAUUUAUCUGAUGCAGGGAAUUAAAAAUGGAAAUAUCAGAAGACUGAGCCAUGACAAAGGACUCACAGAAGGAACCACAUGGACCAUUAUGACCCUGGUGUCCGAUCCGGCUGCGUGAGAAGUACCCAGGCCGUCCUCAUCUCUGCACUGUAUGAACUUUAUGUGGUGAGCAGCUGGGAGGAAACACGUCUCUCGAGUGUUUUUGACACACUAUAUCUGGAUGAGGUGGCUUCACCUCAACGGCGAAAGACACAAUAUAUCUGUAAUCCAUUAACACUACUGAUAGAUAUAAGUUGAAAACUAGUAGCUGAUAUUACAUCAUGGUAAAAAAAGAAACUUUUCUGAUUCAGUAGUUAUAAUAUCAGAUGUUAAUGUUAUGGUUCAUUAUUUAAACGUAUUUUUUGGUGUAUUAGAUUUCUUAAUGUUGAAGACUUUGGUUGAAAAAAAAUCUUGCUUCUGAAAAAUUGGGCAAACGAUCGGAAUCCUUUUAAAAGGCCUCAACGUGCACCAGUUAAACUUGUAAGCAAGAAAGAAAUCAUUAUUACGAUGAAAUUUACUGUCACUUCGGUUCACUAACAAUAUGUGAAGGAUCUGGAUCAUACAAUCAAGGCGUCUGUCAGGCAAUUUUGUAUAAAAUCCUGUAAAUUAUAAUGAUAUUUCAUAAUGACUUAUGUAAAUAUAUAUAUUGUGUAAUGACUGUCAACAAUAAUGAAAAUGUAUCUAAAUUAAAUUAUUAAAGCUUAAUGAAGCUGAUACCUCUUAUAAGGUUAUCUUA